UAAAAGAAUAGCCCUAUCUAAUAUAUAAUGAUAACUCCUGUCAACUCCUACUGCAGCGUGGUCUUAUACAAUGUUCUUGUUCAAUGGAUUCAUAUCACUGGACUGAAACAAAGCAUCUUCCCUGUCUGCAGUUCCUUCCUGUCUAUUGUAAUACCUGCAAUCAGAAAUAUCCAAUUUACAUUGUUUCCACUCUGACCCUUACCCUUAUAGAGGUACAGUAAUGCUAUAAGCCUAAUAUCAGUGAAAGUUAAUUUCAGAGCACCUGUGAUUAAAUGAAGCAUCCUCUUACUUCUGCAGGUGCACUAAAGUCUUGCAGUCGAUCAGUAUCAGCCGACUCGUACAUUUAAACAAAUCACCAGUCAGUCAAGACGGCGAAGUGGUCUUUAUAGGCUGACAAGCUUUAUCAUAGAAAAAACAAGCUUUAAGAUGUCUCUUUGGCCUCUGAGAGAAGGUGAUGGGCAUUGUUCGCAAUUCUAUGACUAAACUAAAAUAAUAAGCCGAAUAAUCAAGGAAAUAAUCAGCAGAUUAAUUGAUAAUUAAAACAAUAAUUAGUUGCAGACAGCCAUGCAUUUCAUGUAGCAUGCAGGUCUCACUUAAAACCUUAAGCAUGUUUACCAAAGCCUGCUCAGCCUGACUCUCUACAUGUACUUCUUCCUCCUCUUUACUGGUGCCUGUGUGGGUGUUUAUUUUUUCCACUGUGAUGCUUCUAAAUUCUACUGAGAGCUUUCCUCCGUGGGUUCAUAAUAUGACAUUGAAAGUAAGGCCGUAGCCAGGACUUUGGAAAUACUGAGGUCAUGACUCCAAAUUCCCCCAGCAGACCCUAAGAAAAAUAUGGACAAGCAACCAAUCAAACCCUGUAAAUGUCUUACAGAAUUUAAAGAAAUCACAACAUUUUAUUAAUUAUUUGAACUGUUUAAUUAUACUAUAUGUAUUAUGUAUUUACAAUUAAGGCAUUUAGAAAAUAAAGCUAACAACAUUUUGCCUAAAACUAUUAGAUAUUACAAAAAAAAACGUGUGUAGCAGGCCUACAUUUUUACCACAGAAUGUUACGACUACCACGUAGAAUUUCAAUACCAAAAUGACCAGAAAUACAGUUGUUGAGGAGGAAUUCAGAUCGUGUUGUUACUGAAGUAAAAGUGCAUAAAUAUUAUUGGGGAGAUUUACUUAAAAUGUGAGUAUUCUCUGAGCAACAAAAGCCCCCUGUGAGUAUUAGACAAUUAUAUUAUUGUGAAAGCCGCAUAGUUUAAUCUAUUCACAAUGCAUAUUUUAUUAGCUCAAAUGGUUUAUAUGUCAAAUCUCGAUUUGUUAAGUAGUUAUAACUGUCAAAAUAAGUGGAGCAAAAAGUACAAUAUUUAUGGAAGCACUCAAGUAAAGUACAAGUACCUCAAAUUUGUACCUAAGAAUAGUAUUUUAGUUAAGUAUUUUAGUUACAUUCCACCCAAGCAGAAAUAUUACCAACCUCCUUGGGGGCUGCAGCUUUCUACGAGAGAUGUUGGACCUUUUUUUUUUUUUACUCAACUAUAUAUCUUAAAAUAGCUGUCUGGGUCCUCUUGUCUCCAAGCAUCUCUGUCGUCUACACACAGUACCACCCUCCACCUGGUGGCAGCCCUGCAGUUCUUCCUUCUAGCAGCAGGGGGCGGCACACCCACAACACAGCGGUCACUGAAAUCAUUACGUAGCUAGUACUGCCUUUUGUGUAUCUCGUGAGCCUGUUGACACCGCCCCUCCGGAGGGUGCAGCGGGACCGCCAGGAGCCCAACUGUCGGUUUUGGUCUACGGGCUACAAAUGUCCACAGCACCGGGAUGUACGGAAAACAAUCGUAUAUCAACAAGCAGCUAACGGUCACCAUGUAGACCGACACCAACGGUUUGCAGUACGGGAACGCUACGACGGUUGACUAGUCAGGCUUGUUGCUUUGGGCGCUAUUACAGGUAUUUUUAUGCUACGGUUGUCACAAUGGUCGCCGGUUGAAUUGCUCAACGACACCAGCUCGCUAACGGUUAGCUAACCGUAUGAAUCUGGCUGCGUUCGCACCGACCAGCAGCUAUAUUUGUCUCAGAGGUACACGAACAUGGCAUCGCCUGCAGAGCACGACCUGGCGUUGUCUGAAGCGGACAGCAGCAAGGAGAAGGCUCAGAUGUUUGGGAUUUUGAGGCUGCAGGAGGAGAAAUCUGGUGUUGGGGAUAAAGCUAACAGUAGCAACACGGCGAGAGGAGGAGGUAGUAGUGGAGGUGGAGGAGACGGGCGAUGGCAGGCUCCCAUCUUCGCUUUGGCCAGGAAAGCAUCCGAGACCAUUUCAGGGAGCAUUCACGUGCUGCCCAAAGUGUCGGAGCACAGGACGUCUCUUUCCGGGGACUGGACCGUCCAAGCCCUGCGAGAUCCCAUGGCUAUGGAGCGAGCCAACCUGCUGAACAUGGCCAAGCUGAGUAUUAAAGGGCUGAUUGAGUCGGCUCUGAGCUUCGGACGAACUCUGGACUCAGACUACCCCCCUCUCCAGCAGUUCUUUGUUGUCAUGGAGCACUGCCUCAAACAUGGCCUCAAAGUGAAGAAGUCCUUUCUGGGCUUUAACAAGUCUCUCUGGGGUCCUCUGGAGCUGGUGGAGAAGCUGUGUCCUGAAGCAGCAGAAAUCUCCGCCUCUGUACGAGACCUGCCUGGACUUAAGACUCCAUUAGGCAGGGCCAGAGCUUGGUUGCGUCUGGCUCUCAUGCAGAAACGGCUGGCCGACUACCUACGACUCCUCAUCACCAGAAAAGAUCUGCUCAGUGAUUUCUAUGAGUAUUCAGCACUGAUGCUGGAGGAGGAGGGAGCAGUGAUAGUGGGCCUGCUGGUGGGUCUCAACGUCAUCGAUGCUAACCUGUGUGUCAAAGGCGAGGACCUGGACUCGCAGGUCGGGGUGAUCGACUUCUCCAUGUACUUGAAGAAUGACAUUGAUGAUUACAGGAGUGAAGAGAGGAAUAGCCAGAUAGCGUCCAUCUUGGAUCAGAAGAACUAUGUAGAGGAACUGAACCGACAACUCAACUCCACAGUUCAUGGUCUUCAGGGCAGAGUGGAGUCGAUGGAGAAGUCCAACUCUAAACUCGUAGAGGAGUUAGCCAUAGCCAAGAACAACAUCAUCAAACUGCAGGAAGAGAACCAGGAGCUGAGGAGUGAAAACAGCCUUAUUCUGCUGAAGACACAAGAGCAUUUAGAGGUAACCCAAGUCGAUGCGUCAGUGGAGAGAGAUACAUACAAACAGUCGCGUCAAGGAUUGGAUGAGAUGUACAACGAUGCUCAAAGACAACUGAAGGAGGAGUGUCGGCUCAGACAGGAUGUGGAGAAUGAGCUGGUAGUCCAGAUGUCGAUGAAACAGGAAAUGGAGUUGGCCAUGAAACUCCUGGAGAAAGAUAUUCAUGAAAAGCAGGACACACUGAUCGGACUGAGACAUCAACUGGAUGAAGUCAAAGUCAUCAAUGUAGAGAUGUACCAGAAGAUGCAGUCGUCUGAUGAGGAAAUGAAGAAGAAGAACGACGUGAUCACUCGUCUGGAAGAGAAGACCAAUCAGAUCAAUGCCACCAUGAAGCAGCUGGAGCAAAGAUUACAGGAGGCAGAGAGGCACCGCACCUUGGCCGAGGAGGGGACCAGACGCUUCAAGUUGGACUUUGCCAACAAGGCCGACAGCCUGCAGCGGCAGAUCGAACACAGAGAAAGGCAACUCCAGCAGCUAGAGACGGACCUGAAGAUAGAGAGGGAGUGGAGGCAGACGUUACAGAAUGAUCUAGACAGAGAGAGGGAUACGGUGGCUCAGCUCAGCACAGAGGCGCUGCAGAUCAACGGGCUAAAAAAGGAGUUCCAUCGUCUCCACGAUGAAAACAUUCAGCUGAAGAUGAUCUGCGAGGACCAAGAACAAGCUCUCGAGGAACUAGGCUCCAAACUGAGCGAAUCCAAACUGAAGAUUGAAGACAUCAAAGAAGCCAACAAAGCUCUUCAGGGAGGUCAGGUGUGGUUGAAGGACAAGGAAGCCAGCCACUGCAAGCUGUGUGAGAAGGAGUUCUCCAUCUCAAGACGAAAGCACCACUGUAGGAACUGUGGGGAGAUUUUUUGUAACAGCUGCUCCGACAAUGAGCUCCCUCUGCCCGCCUCACCGAAACCAGUGAGAGUCUGUGACACCUGCCACGCCCUCCUCCUCCAGCGAUGCUCCUCCAAUCCAACGUGAAGGAGCCGGGACUGCUUCAAACAAUCUGAGAUCAAACUCACAAAUUCCCAUCCUCUGGUUCUCUGUAAGAUCCAUCUCCCAACUUCUCUCAACAGAAAUGCUGCUUGAAAUGGACCGUGUGCAUGAACAUUUAGUGCGUUUGAUUCAUUCAUUUACAGUCAGCAGAAAAAAGCAAGGGUGUCUGCAUCAUUCUGACACGUCUAUGUUUGUAUUUAUUAUUGCACUGUCUCUUGUAAUCCGAAACAGAGGAGGAGGCCAUUUUAUAUGCUAGAUAAACAACAGUUGUACAGACUAACCAUUUACAGUAAAUUCCAUCAGUCCAGACUGAUGGAGCAAUGCAAAACAGGACUGUCUGAGGACAGAGCUCUGCUAUUAAAGGAGGAACUACUUUACCAUGAACUGAUAAGCACUGCUGCAGCUAAAUGGAGAUUCUCAACCAAACCUAUAGUCUUUUGAAGGACUGCAUCAUUAUAAUGUAUGUACCAGGCUUCAAACUCUAUACAGUAACUGUAUAGCCAAACAGAUGAGAUUACAUAUUUAAUACAUACUGUAUCGUGGCCUUAUUACCGAGUCUUGACUGCAAAGCACUCCUCUUUUCAAGUGGAGGGAAAUGAACACAAAAAUAAAGGCAACAUUUUCACAGGCACAAAAGAUCAAGUCAACCAGACAGGUUAAUUCUACUUAAAGUUAAAGUUACUACAAGGAACUUUCAUUUUGUGUCGAUUUUGGCGACCCCUGUGGAGAAAGUGGUAGUGUUUCCGAGCACCUGAUUCCCUGAAGAAAACCUCUCAUUUUGCUGCAGCAGGUGUCUGACCGUCUGCUCCGCUCAGUGCUGGUUCUGGUUCUCCCGUGCCUCUCUUCCCUCCAGCGGACCCAGCAAUACGGGCUGGGUCUCCGGCAGCAGGGACCGGUGGUGGAGUAGCAAAGCGAAGCUCACCCCCUGGCAGUAGACGCUUAGCUCUCCCGCUCCCACCGGAGCUUACGACUGCAGGUCGAAGGCUGCAGUGAACCGGGUCCGGUUCUGUCCGCGGUGGGCUGGUUGCUGCUGGAGGCCCUGCUGCAGUCUGAGCUAAAGGAAUUUCUGGUGAACCUGCAUUAUUUCAUCUGAUUUUGCGCGGAACCCGACCCAGUGGCACCGCUGACAAUCACUAAGAAUAAGUAUAUAGAAAUAACCAAUCUUCUGUCUGAUGGUCUCGUUUACUUAUGUAGGUCAUAUAGAGGCAUCUGUUUUAAUUUCAGACAGUUUCAUAACCAGUUCAAAGUUCAUCACAGUUACUUUAUUUGAAAUAUAUUUCUGUUUAAUUGACUGUGAGAAGAUCAGGACUGGUCUCAUUUUUUUGUCCCUGUUUUAAUUGCAGUCAUGUCACAGGACAUAUAUAACAUGGAGAUAUAUUUUGUGACAAUGAGACAGACUUCUUGCAAAUUAAUUCCAGGAAAAUUCAAAGCAGAUGUUGUUCUGCUGACACAAUGACCAGACUAGUUCCCCAUGGGGCUGUGGUUUUCAAAGGAAUGGAACAUCUUUCUUUUCUUCUUUUUUUUUUUUAAACAAUGUUGGUGCCAUUUGUGCCUGUGGAAAUGCCGUGAAUAUUACGUACUUGUGCUUCUCUUGUUUCCAAAAUGAGUUCUAGAUUUCUACAGAGAGGAUUUCUGUUGAGGGAAUUUAAAAUACUUAAAGUAGCAACUCUAGCCAAGCAAAGCGAUCUAGAACAUUUCACUGUUAGUUUUCGAACACUAAUGCAGUGGAAGCUGCUUUAAGGACCAAGAAGAGCAACAAAUGCUGUCAUCUCCGGUGCCUAAAUGGCUCUUUAGUUGAUGUACCACUGACAGCUAGCUCACAACAUGACCACUUCACUGACUAGUUAAGAACAGACUUUAUGGUUACACACCUCUCACACAAUAGCCAGUAGGUUUGAGCACUUGGCAAUCCUAUAUUACCUCUACUAUGGAUUAAUUUGAAAGUAUUUAUAUUUGAUUUUGUAUUUCAUGCACAUUCAUUUUUACUUUUAGAAGUCCAGGGAACUUGUUUGAGCUUUCCCUGUUUACUUGAAGUAAGUUGUGAAAAGAACCACAUUUUACUGCUGCUCCAUUUCUGAGAGGGAAAGUUUGAAACUUUAAACCAAUUCAGUUCCUUUCUGUUGAAUGUGUUGUUAAACUAAUGCUGAUGACUGUACGGUCUUCAGUGACGGGUUAUGAUACGAGUUCCAUUGCACAUUCUGGUGUUGUACUUGUACAAUGUUUACAACCUAUGACUUUUCAAGUACUGGACGUAUUCAUUACCAUUAAGAGAUAAAACAGGCCUGGGUUCAUUUCAAUUCAAUUUAAAGUGUUUUUAUUGUUUCAAAUAUUUAAAAACUCACCAAUUUAUCAUAUCAUCAUUAAGUACUAUGGGCAAGUGUUCCUGAAAUGCACCCAGGCCUAAAACCUUUUUGUACAGUGUCGUUCUUAUAGAUCUCCCAGCUUUCAAUGGGACUUAUACGGUGUUGACGCCACUGUAUGUUGUAUAUACAUAAUUGUUGAUAAUCACGCUGACCCUUUAAUUUAAAGUUAAAGUUUACUUAAUCUACCAUUUUAAUAUUAUCUCUAUUGCCAACAAUAUGUUGUCUUGACUGUGUAGCAGUUUCUGAUUAAAUCACAUCACAAACAGAA